AUGGAUUCUAACCUAAGGUAUGUAACAUCUCACUCUCCUGGCUCACAAGGCUUGUACAAUAAUGUCCCAAAGGGCUAGAGUGGAAGGACGGUGGACUGUGGUUGUGUUGUUUUGUCAUAAAAUAGAGACACGUAUUUCUAUUGGGAGCAACUAGUAGCGUAACCUCUAUGCUUUCUGCUGAUGAGAGAUGAUAAUUCAUUCCCCAAUAAUGUAUAUAUAUUUUUAAGUUGACUGAAUAUGAAUUGUGACAGGCACUGACACGGCAAGCAUAAACCUAAUUGGUAUUCAUUGAUAAGAUCUAUCAUAGAUGUUAAAUACUUCAGCUAAAAAUGCUGUGGGAAAAUUAAUAUACAAAAAUAUAAACGCAACAUUUAACAAUUUCAAAGAUUUUACUGAGUUACAGUUCAUAUGAGGAAAUCAGUCAAUUUAAAUUAAGUCAAUAGGUCCUGAUGUAUGGAUUUCAAGACUGGGAAUACAGAUAUGGUUCUGUUUGUCACAGAUACCUUACAAAAAAAGUAGGGGAGUGGAUCAGAGAACCAGUCAGUAUCUGGUUUGACCACAAUUUGCCUCAUGCAGCACAACACAUCUCAUUCACAUAGAGUUGAUCAGGCUGUUGAUUGUGGCCUGUGGAAUGUUGUCCCAAUCUUUCAAUGGCUGUGUGAAGUUGUGGAUAUUGGCGGGAACUGGAACAUGCAGUUGUACAGGUCGAUCAAGAGCAUCCCAAACAUGCUAAAUGGGUGACAUGUCUGGUGAGUAUGCAGGCCAUAGAAGAACUGGGUCAUUUUCAGCUUCCAGGAAUUGUGCACAGAUGCUUGCGACAUGGGGCUGUGCAACAUGAAACAUACAGUGGGGAAAAAAAGUAUUUAGUCAGCCACCAAUUGUGCAAGUUCUCCCACUUAAAAAGAUGAGAGAGGCCUGUAAUUUUCAUCAUAGGUACACGUCAACUAUGACAGACAAAAUUAGAAGACAAAAAUCCAGAAAAUCACAUUGUAGGAUUUUUUAUGAAUUUAUUUGCAAAUUAUGGUGGAAAAUAAGUAUUUGGUCAAUAACAAAAGUUUCUCAAUACUUUGUUAUAUACCCUUUGUUGGCAAUGACACAGGUCAAACGUUUUCUGUAAGUCUUCACAAGGUUUUCACACACUGUUGCUGGUAUUUUGGCCCAUUCCUCCAUGCAGAUCUCCUCUAGAGCAGUGAUGUUUUGGGGCUGUCGCUGGGCAACACGGACUUUCAACUCCCUCCAAAGAUUUUCAAUGGGGUUGAGAUCUGUAGACUGGCUAGGCCACUCCAGGACCUUGAAAUGCUUCUUACGAAGCCACUCGGGCGGUGUGUUUGGGAUCAUUGUCAUGCUGAAAGACCCAGCCACGUUUCAUCUUCAAUGCCCUUGCUGAUGGAAGGAGGUUUUCACUCAAAAUCUCACGAUACAUGGCCCCAUUCAUUCUUUCCUUUACACGGACCAUGCUUCACAGUAGGUAUGGUGUUCUUUGGAUGCAACUCAGCAUUCUUUGUCCUCCAAACACGACGAGUUGAGUUUUUACCAAAAAAAAGACGGGCCUGGACAUGUACUGGCUUAAGCAGGGGGACACGUCUGGCACUGCAGGAUUUGAGUCCCUGGCGGCGUAGUGUGUUACUGAUGGUAGGCUUUGUUACUUUGGUCCCAGCUCUCUGCAGGUCAUUCACUAGGCCCCCCCGUGUGGUUCUGGGAUUUUUGCUCACCGUUCUUGUGAUAAUUUUGACCCCACGGGGUGAGAUCUUGCGUGGAGCCCCAGAUCGAGGGAGAUUAUCAAUGGUCUUGUAUGUCUUCCAUUUCCUAAUAAUUGCUCCCACAGUUGAUUUCUUCAAACCAAGCUCCUUACCUAUUGCAGAUUCAGUCUUCCCAGCCUGGUGCAGGUCUACAAUUUUGUUUCUGGUGUCCUUUGACAGCUCUUUGGUCUUGGCCAUAGUGGAGUUUGGAGGAUGACUGUUUGAGGUUGUGGACAGGUGUCUUUUAUACUGAUAACAAGUUCAAACAGGUGCCAUUAAUACAGGUAACGAGUGGAGGACAGAGGAGCCUCUUAAAGAAGAAGUUACAGGUCUGUGAGAGCCAGAAAUCUUGCUUGUUUGUAGGUAACCAAAUACUUAUUUUCCACCAUAAUUUGCAAAUAAAUUCAUAAAAAAUCCUACAAUGUGAUUUUCUUUUCUUUUCUCAAUUUGUCUGUCAUAGUUGAUGUGUACCUAUGAUGAAAAUUACAGGCCUCUCUCAUCUUUUUAAGUGGGAGAACUUGCACAAUUGGUGGCUGACUAAAUACUUUUUUUCCCCACUGUAAGGUGAUGGCGGCGGAUGAAUGGCAUGACAAUGGGCCUCAGGAUCUCGUCACGGUAUCUCUGUGCAUUCAAAUUGCCAUCGAUAAAAUGCAAUUGUGUUCGUUGUCCGUAGCUUAUGCCUGCCCAUACCAUAACCCAACCGCCACCAUGGGCACUCUGUUCACAAUGUUGACAUCAGCAAACCACGCGCCCACACGACGCCAUCUGCCAUCUGCCCGGUACAGUUGGAACCAGGAUUCAUCCGUGAAGGGCACACUUCUCCAGCAUUCCAGUGGCCAUCGAAGGUGAGCAUUUGCCCACUGAAGUUGGUUAUGACACUGAACUGCAGCCAGGUCAAGACCCUGGUGAGGACGACGAGCAUGCAGAUGAGCUUCCCUGAGAUGGUUUCUGACAGUUUGUGCAGAAAUUAUUUGGUUGUGCAAACCCACAGUUUCAUCAGCUGUCCGGGUGGCUGGUCUCAGACGAUCCUGCAGGUGAAGAAGCCGAAUGUGGAGGUCCUGGGCUGGCGUGAUUACACCUGGUCUGCGGUUGUGAUGCUGGUUGGAAAUACUGCCAAAUUCUCUAAAACGACAAUGGAUGCAGCUAAGGGUAGAGAAAUGAACAUAACAUUAUCUGCCAACAGCUCUGGUGGACAUUCCUGCAGUCAGCAUGCCAAUUGCAUGCUCCCUCAAAACUUGAGACAUCUGUGGCAUUGUGUUGUGUGAUAAAACUGCACAUUUUAGAGUGGCCUUUUAUUGUCCCCAGCACAAGGUGCACCUGUGUAAUGAUCAUGCUGUUUAAUCAGCUUCUUGAUAUGCCACACCUGUCAGGUGGAUGGAUUAUCUUGGCAAAGGAGAAAUGCUCACUAACAGGGAUGUAAACAAAUUUGUGCACAAGAUUUGAGAGAAAUAAGCUUUAAGUGCAUAUGGAAAAUUUCUGGGAUCUUUUAUUUCAGCUCAUGAAACAUGGGACCAAAACUUGUUGCGUUUAUAUUUUUGUUCAGUAUAUAUAAAUUGUGCAUAAUUCCUAAAAAUAUCACCAUAAUGCAAAUAAGUGUAACGAUUAACAUUUAAAUGAGUGCUGCUGAAUCCUGUCAUUUGUAGCUUCCUAUUUAUUUUCACCUCGAUCAGAUACUGGGAUAUUAACAGCUUUGCUGUAGCACUGGUGACAGAUGAGGACCUUGUUUUCUUCUCUUCUCACGUUUUCAAUCCCUCUCUUCCAUCCAUCCAUCCUCCCUCAGCCCAUAAGCUGGCCCAGCACCUGGGCACGCCAGUCCAUGAGAUCAACGGCAGGUUGCCGGGGCGCCCAGAUGGCCAGGGUACAACCAUGACCACCACACUGCUCCUGAGUCGCCACGCCCAGACCCCACUCCAGCCCGUCCUCUGGACCCUGUCCGCAGCCCCUUCCACCUCCUCCCCCAGGGGCCUAAGGCCAGCCAGGACCAGGGUUUCCCUAUCACUAGACCCAGGGCUCAGAGCUUCUUUCACCCCCAACUGCAGUAUCAGAUCCUCCCUCUCUCCUGAUCCAGGCCCCGGGCCUCCAGGGAGAUGAAGACUCCUUCUCCCAACAGGUAAGAGAAUGAGAAAAUGAUGGUGAUGGUAUUGAUGAAGAUUUUAGUAAUAUUGAUGAUGAUACUAUAAAAGACAGGUUGAGAAGAAUCAUCUUGAACGCGUUGCACAACACGUCACUUCCUGUUAAACGUGGAAUGUGGGAGAACUCGGAUUGUUGUUUUGGAACAUUUGUUGUUUUGGAAACCUUUGAAAGUCUAUUGAAAAGGUUUGGUUACUAGCUAGAUACCUUUUGAGCUUGGAUCCCGCGACGCGGUUGGCAUCAGUUGCUGGUCUGAGGAGGUGCUUGGCGUAGCAGCUAGCCUAGCUAGCUGCCUAUCAAGCUAGCAGGGUUUUCUUGAGGGCUUGAAUGCAGACACGACGCGGUUAGCCAUUGUGGCUGGGACUGCGGAUUGUGCCGGGCUUGUGGCUGUCUAGGUCACUGCUGUUUGUUGUUGUUGUUUCUAAUCUUACCCCCGACCUGCCCUGUCUGGAACUGUGAGGAGUAACAGCGUAACCUACGUUGCUACCAUGACAAAGACCAAAGCCGGUGGGAGUACCGUUGAGGAGAGUGGUGUCUAUCACAGGUGAAGGAUCUUUUAAACUAACAAAAAUAGUUCUACAAGCAGUUGUUACAAUAACAAGAAAAUAGCUUCAAGUUGCCAUACUGAUGAAGUCAACUAAUAAAAGAAUGGACGACAGGAGAACGGCAAGAUGACAGCAAUCUGUAAGUCAUUGAGAGAGGACAUCAGUUCUGUAUGUGAAUCCAUGAUAACAAUGACAGAGAAAUCAGAUUAUCUCGAGGGACAAUCAAGGCGGAACAACAUGGUUGUGGACGGAAUUGCAGAAUCUCCACAUGAGACCUGGAUGGAGUCUGAGGACAAAGUGAGGGAAAUUAUCUUGGAGAAACUGAAGAUGGACCACCGGAAGAUUGAGGUGGAGCGCGCCCACAGGACUGGAAAACCCACCACUGGCCCAGGUGACAGGCCCAGAAUGAUAGUAGUCAAGUUCCUGAGGUUCAAGGACAAGGUAGCUGUUCUGGAAAAAGCCAAGAACUUGAGAGGAACGUACAUCUUCCUCAACAAGGACUAUCCUGAAGCUGUGCACCAGAAGAGGAAAGAACUUAUCCCAGCCAUGAAAGCUGCCAGAGCGCGUUGGGACAUUGCUUACAUCCGCUAUGACAGGCUCUUUGUCAAAAGCCUGGAAGGGAUGAGCGAGCCAAGCCUAUGGGUUCGUAGCUUCAACCACGCAGCACACACACACACACACCAACUGAUUUAAUGGACUGCUGAAUUUUUUUCUUUUUUUUUUCUUAGUUUGCUCUUUUCCAUAUUAUGUCUAUCUCUGAUAAACUACCCAGGAAAGGGCUGAAAAUAGCCCAUAUUAAUAUAUGUAGCCUUAGAAAUAAGGUUCAUGAAAUCAAUAACUUGCUAACAUCAGAUAACAUUCAUAUAUUAGCAAUUUCUGAGACUCACUUAGAUAAUUAAUUUGAUGAUACAGCAGUAGCAAUACAAGGAUAUAACAUCUAUAGAAGAUACAGGAAUGCUUAUGGGAAAGGUGUUGCUGUAUAUAUAUUCAGAGACAUAUCCCUGUAAUGCUUAGAGAAUAUCUUAUGUCAAGUGUUAUUGAAGUGUUGUGGUUGCAGGUUCUGGGGUGUUGCUAUAGGCCACCAAGUGAUAACAGUCAGUAUCUAAAUAAUAUGUUUGAAAUGCUUGAUAGUGUAUGUGAUGUAAACAGAGAGGUCUACUUUCUUGGGGACCUGAAUAUUGACUGGUUUUCAUCAAGCUGUCCGCUCAAGAGGAAGCUUCUUACUGUAACCAGUGCCUGUAAUCUGGUUCAGGUUAUUAAUCAACCUACCAGCGUGUUUACAAACACUACAGGAACAAGAUCAUCCACAUGUAUUGAUCACAUUUUUACUUUACCUGUACAACUUUGUUCUGAAGCUGUAUCCGUACCCAUUGGAUGCAGUGAUCACAAUAUAGUGGCUAUAUCCAGGAAAGCCAAAGUUCCAAAAGCUGGGCCUAAAAUAGUAUAUAAGAGAUCAUACAAAAGAUUUUGCUGUGACUCUUAUGUGGAUGAUGUUAAAAAUAUUUGUUGGUCUGAUGUGAUUAAUAAGGAGCAUCCAGACACUGCACAUGAUGAAUUUAUGAAAUUGCUUCUUCCAAUUAUUGAUAAAUAUACACCUGUUAUGAAACUGACUGUUAGAACUGUUAAGGCUCCAUGGAUCGAUGAGGAAUCGAAAAAAACAUAUGGUUAACAGAUGGGGCAAAAGGAGUGGCUAAUAAGUCUGGCUGCACAUCUGACUGGCUGACUUACUGCAAAUUGAGAAAUUAUGUCACUAAACUCAACAAAAGAAGAAGAAACUAUUAAGAAGCCAAGAUCAAUGAUAUAAAGAAUGAUGGAAAAAAACUUUGGAGUACUUUAAAUGAAAUUAUGGGCAGAAAGAUAUUCAACUCCAUCUUUCAUCGAAUCAGAUGCCAAUUAUUUUAAUGAUUACUUCAUUGGCAAAGUGGGCAAACUUAGGCAGGAAAUGGCAACAACGAACAGUGUGCCAUCGUACUCAUGUAUAAAAAAAACAAAUAACGAAAUAAAAGCAUUGUACGUUUGAAUUUUGUAAAGCUAGUAUGGGAGAGGUAGAAAAUUAUUGUUAUCGAUCAAUAAUGACAAACCUCCUGGCAUUGACAACUUAGAUGGAAAGCUACUGAGGAUGGAAGCUGACUCUAUAGCCACUCCUAUCUGUAAAAUCUUUAAUCUGAGUCUAGAGGAAAGUCUUUGUCCUCAGGCCUGGAGGGAAGCCAAAGUAAUUCCGCUACCCAAGAGUGGUAAAGCGGUCAUUAUUGGUUCUAACAGCAGACCUAUCAGCUUGCUGCCAGCUCUUAGCAAACUGUUGGAAAAAAUGGUGUUUGACCAAAUACAAUGCUAUUGCUCUGUAAACAAAUUAACAACAGACUUUCAGCAUGCUUAUAGAGAAGGGCAAUCAACAUGUACUGCACUGACACAAAUGACUGAUGCUUGGUUGAAAGAAAUUGAUAAUAAUAAGAUUUUGGGAGCUGUACUGUUAGAUUUCAGUGCAGUCUUUGAUAUUAUUGACCAUAACCUGAUGAGAAAACGUAUGUGGUAUGGCUUUUCAACCUGUGCCAUAUCGUGGAUUCUAAUAGAACUCAGAGGGUUUUCUUUAAUGGAAGCUUCUCUAAUGUCCAACAUGUAGGGUGUGGUGUACUGCAGGGCAGCUCUCUAGGCCCUCUACUCUUUUCUAUUUUUACCAAUGACCUGCCACUGGCAUUAAAGAAAGCAUGUGUGUCCAUGUAUGCUGAUGAUUCAACCAUACACGCAUCAGCAACCACAGCUAAUUAAGUCACUGAAACCCUUAACAAAGAGUUGCAGUCUGUUUUGGAAUGGGUGGCCAGUAAUAAACUGGUCCUGAACAUAUCUAAAACUAAGAGCAUUGUAUUUGGUAAAAAUCAUUCUCUAAGUUCUAGACCUCAGCUGAAUCUGGUAAUGAAUGGUGUGGCUGUUGAAUAAGUUGAAGAGACUAAAUUACUUGGUGUUACCUUAGAUUGUAAACUGUCAUGGUCAAAACACAUACAGUGCCUUGCAAAGUAUUCAUUUUUCCUAUUUUGUUGCAUUACAACCUGUAAUUUAAAUUGAUUUUUAUUUGGAUUUCAUGUAAUGGACAUAAAAACUUUUCAAAAUUGGUGAAGUGAAAUUAAAAAAAUAACUAUGCUUAAACUUAACUUCAAAUUUUGACUUUUGGAGAAAUGGAACAACACAGAGCAGCAAAAGUAAAAAAAACACUUCAAAUGUUGACGUUUGGAGCAACUUCAAAAUAUAACGUUUGGAGAACGUGGAUGAACGUCUAAUUCUGCAGUGAGACGGUGAUAGCUUGUUGGCCUAGCAGCCAUCAAAAGAUGAAUGCCUGAUGUCCACCUGAGGCAUAUGGCUUUUAUUUUGCUGGAUGGUUGCCCGCAUUUUCCGUACUUGACGCACAUGUGCUUCGCUUUUCAACUCGCUAAAAGCUAGUUGGAGUCUGUGUGUGUACUUCCGUUUGUACCACCACACGGUAAAGAAAUGCAGGAGUUGAAAUAUUGAAUGCAUGCGGUACACCGAACACACCGCAGCCUAAUGCAGCACCCCCAAUGUAGCGCUGCAGACUGCUCCAUUGAAAAUGAAUGACUUCCUCCAGAACACAAAGAGUUUGAUGCAUCUGGUGGACAUGAGGCAUAAGAGCUUAGUGCGGUGCCAAUGUCACCUCAGCAUUAUGGCUACAUUUCAUACUAAGUUGUUGGCAGAACUUUACCCAAUCAUGACUAGGUUGAUUGGUGGAAAUAAAAGUAGAGGCUUUGUCGCUGGCAAUACCUUUCAUAUAUAAAGACAAUUCUGCAAAAAGUUGGCGGAAAAAAACGUCUUGAUUUCAAAGUUGUAUUAAAGUGUAAAGAUUAUUAGUUACUGAUUGCAACCAGAGAGGAUGGAAACCUACUAUAAAAUCUGUUGCAACUUAUGUACAAUGUUUGGCAUCUUUAGGGCUAUAUAGACUAUAUAGGACUACAGACCCUUGGUGUAGAAAGCGUUCCAUAGGGAUGCUGGCCCAUGUUGACUCCACUGCUUCCCACAGUUGUGUCAAGUUGGCUGGAUGUCCUUUGGGUGGUAGACCCUUCUUGAUACACAGGGGAAACAGUUGAGCGUGAAAAACCCAGCAGCGUUGCAGUUCUUGACACACUCAAACUGGUGUGCCUGGCACCUACUACCAUACCCUGUUCAAAGGCACUUAAAUAUUUUGUCUUGCCCAUUCACCCUCUGAAUGGCACACAUACACAAUCCAUGUGUCAAUUGUCUCAAGGCUUAAAUAUCCUUCUUUAACCUAUCUCCUCCCCUUCAUCUACACUGAUUGAAGUGGAUUUAACAAGUGACAUCAAUAAGGGAUCAUAGCUUUCACCUGGAUUCACCUGGUCAGUCUAUGUCUUGGAAAGAGCAAGUGUUCCUAAUGUUUUGUACACUCAGUGUAUGCACAUGCACUGCCUUGCAAAAGUAUUCAUCCCCCUUGGCGUUUUUCCUAUAUUGUUGCAUUACAACCUGUAAUUUAAAUUGAUUUUUAUUUGGAUUUCAUGUAAUGGACCUACACAAAAUAGUCCAAAUUGGUGAAGUGAAAUGAAAAAAAUAACUUGUUUCAAAAUAUUCAAAAAAAUAAAUAACGGAAAAGUGGUGCGUGCAUAUGUAUUCACCCCCUUUGCUAUGAAGCCCCUAAAUAAGAUCUGGUGCAACCAAUUACCUUCAGAAGUCACAUAAUUAGUUAAAUAGAGUCCACCUGUGUGCAAUCUAAGUGUCACAUGAUCUCAGUAUAUAUACACCUGUUCUGAAUGCCCAGAGUCUGCAACACCACUAAGCAAGGGGCACCACCAAGCAAGCGGCAUUAAUCAGAGAGGUAACAAAGAGACCAAAGAUAACCCUGAAGGAGCUGCAAAGCUCCACAGCGGAGAUUGGAGUAUCUGUCUAUAGGAACACUUUAAGCCGUACACUCCACAGAGCUGGGCUUUACGGAAGAGUGGCCAGAAAAAAGCCAUUGCUUAAAGAAAAUAAUAAGCAAACAUGUUUGGUGUUCGCCAAAAGCCAUGUGGGAGACUCCCCAAACAUAUGGAAGAAGGUACUCUGGUCAGAUGAGACUAAAAUUUAGGUUUUUGGCCAUCAAGGAAAAUGUCUGGCGCAAACUCAACACCUCAUCAACCCGAGGCAUGGGGGUGGCAGCAUCAUGCUGUGGGAAUGUUUUUAAUCGGCAGGGACUGGGAAACUGGUCAGAAUUGAAGGAAUGAUGGAUGGCGCUAAAUACAGGGACAUUCUUGAGGGAAACCUGUUUCAGUCUUCCAGAAAUUUGAGACUCGGACGGAGGUUCAUCUUCCAGCAGGACAAUGACCCUAAGCAUACUGCUAAAGCAACAUUCAAGUGGUUUAAGGGGAAACAUUUAAAUGUCUUGGAAUGGCUUAGUCAAAGCCCAGACCUCAAUCCAAUUGAGAAUCUGUGGUAUGACUUAAAGAUUGCUGUACACCAGCUGAACCCAUCCAACUUGAAGGAGCUGGAGCAGUUUUGCCUUGAAGAAUGGACAGUGGCUGAUGUGCCAAGCUUAUAGAGACAUACCUCAAGAGACUUGCAGCUGUAAUUGCUGCAAAAGGUGGCUCUACAAAGUAUUGACUUUGGAGGAGUGAAUAGUUAUGCAUGCUCAAGUUCUGUUUUUUUGUUUUAUUUCUUGUUUGUUUCACAAGAAAAAAUAUUUUGCAUCUUCAAAGUGGUAGGCAUGUUGUGUAAAUCUAAUUAUACAAACCCCCCAAAAAUCCAUUUAAAUUCCAGGUUGUAAGGCAACAAAAUAGGAAAAAUGCCAAGGGGGGUGAAUACUUUUGGAAGCCAUUCAAUGGUUGUAAAGAUGGGGACAGGUCAGCCCGUAAUAAAGAAAUGCUCUACUUUUUUGACACCACACUCCACAAAGCAAUUCCUGCAGGCUCUAGUUUGAUCUUAUCUUGAUUAUUGUCCAGUCAUAUGGUCAAGUGCUGCAAAGAAAUACCUAGUUAAGCUGCAGCUGGCCCAGAACAAAUCCGCAUAUCUUGCUCUUCAUUGUAAUCACAGGGCUAAUAUUAAUACUAUGCAUGCCAGUCUCCUUCAGCUAAGAGUUGAGGACCUUGAAUUUUUUUUGUAUUUUACCCUCUUUUUCGAUCUUGUCUCAUUGCUGCAACUCCCCAACGGCCUCGGGAGAGGCGAAGGUCGAGUCAUGCGUCCUCCGAAACAUGACGCUUCUUAACACCCCCCUGCACCAAUGUGUUGGAGGAAACACCAUUCAACUGAAGACCGAAGUCAGCCUGCAGGCGCCCGGCCCGCCACAAGGAGUUGCUAGAGCGCGAUGAGCAAAGUAAAGCCCCCCCAUCCAAACGCUCCCCUAACCCGGACGAUGCUGGGCCAAUUGUGCUCCGCCGUGUAGGACUCCCGGUCACGGCCGGUUGGGACACAGCCUGGGAUCGAACCCGGGUCUGUAGUGACGCCUCAAGCAUUGCGAUGCAGUGCCUUAGACCGCUGCGCAACUCGGGAGGCGAUAAAUACUUUGUUGAGGGAAAAUAUACAUUAUAUAAUUGUAAUGUGUUGUUGUCUCACCUAACUAUCUUAAGAUGAAUGCACUAAUUGUCAGUCGCUCUGGAUAAGAGCAUCUGCUAAAUGACUAAAAUGUAAAUGUAAAAUGUAAUGUAGUUAGUAUCAUACUGCACAGUGCUGAAAUUCAUACAUAACCUCUCUUGGAUAAAAACAGACUGCAUCACGUUAAGAUAUUUUAACUUUGGACAUACCUCCUGUCUGAAGCGGUUGGUGAAGGUUUGUUGGACCUUGAGGAGCAUCUGGAGCAGAUAUACUUGGAGCUGCUCCGUGGCUUGUGGUCCUCCAGGGUGAGGUAACGGAGUUGCCGUUCCAAAGCUCUCAACUCCUGCGGUGGACCUGGACAUCGGUACUGCUAGAGGACUUGGCACUUCCACAUCUCUUAGGGAUCUCAGCUCGAGUGAAACCUACUUCACCCUCCUUGUGGUUGAUAACAGAUGACCCUGAUCCGGACAGGGGUCUCCUGGAUGCCUGCAAGCUCAAGGUCCUCAGUCUCAACUCCCACGACACGGGCAAGUGCCGAAAGGGCAUAGGCAAAGCAGACUUGCUUACAAAUUUCACAACGCCUGUGCACUUUUUUUGUUGCAAAGUCUGCUAUUGUCAUCUAUAUUGUUGAAACAUAACACAGGGAAAGAUUAUAAUCAGAUUAUAUCACUAGGCCUACAUUUUUUACAUUAACAUCAAUUAAUUUGCAAGAAUACUAUCAUUGUGACGCGUACUGAGUAUACGAAGAGGCAGGACGCAGGCGCAGGAAUUAACAAGGUCAAGGUUUACUUAACAAUGACAAAGAGAAAUAACAAAGAUAGAGUAAACGAUACGAAGCUAAACAAUCACACACAACAUCAUACAGAACAGUCCACGGCUAAAUAAAGGUGGUGACGAGAUGAUGAGGUGCAGGUGCGCUGGAGGUGAUUAGGGUGCGUUGGGUUUCCAUUCCGGUGUUGCCGAGGUGGUGCGCUCAGACCGGUGGCUCAGUAGACCGGCGAAUCAUAUAACUAAGCUCUGUGAUUUCUUUCUGUUGAGCCUUCAUGUCCAAUCUAUUUCCUCUAUAUCUGUGUUUUAUAGUUAGCAACGUACGCUAUCAUGCAUGAACGGUGUUAAAUCUUCCAUGAAAAACACAAUAACACCCAGUGAGCACCGUCCAACGCCAACGUCCAUGGAUCUUGAAAUUUGGUCCGUCUGCCUGGCCUUAAUUUCAAUGUCCACAGAAGUCGUUUUCUGGUCCCCUCCGGACCACCUUAUAGACGUCUAUGUUUGGUUCAGAUUUGGUCCGGUCCGGACCAGCCUUGAUUUCAACGUCCACGGUGUCACGGAUUCUGCCAAGACUGCUCCUCCUCCUGGUUCGGGCAGGCUUCGGCGUUCGCCGUCCCCGGAGUACUAGCUGCCACCACUCUAUGUUUCGUAGUGUGAUUGCUUUUGUCUGUCUUUUACACCUGUGUCCAUUUGUGUGUUCAUUACUUGUCUUAUAAGUUCCUUGUUUUGCUUUAGUCUGAUUGUGUGUUGUUAUUUUCUGCCUGUCGUGCAGAGCUGCGUGUUUGCACUCUGUCUUUGUUUGGGAUUAUUGUUUACGCGUGUUUGCGUAAUUGCCUCGCCUCCGUCUGUUUUCGAGGUCGUGUUUUGUUUGUUGCUCUUUGGACUAUUAAAGUCUUGUGGACGUAUCCUCUGUGUCCUGCGCCUGACUCCUCCACCACAUCCACAUCGGAACUACUGACAGAACAACACACCUAACUAUGGAGUCAGCAGGAACAGCGGCGGCACCCGAAUCCCUGGAGGACCGGAUCAGCUACCAAGACCCCAUGAUCCGGCAACUUGGGGCCGCCAUGGACGAGGUGUCCAACACUCUGCGCCGGUUGGUGACUCGAGAGGUGCCCACGCACUCUUAUACCAUCCCAUCACCAACGGCCAGUCCUCCUCUCUCAGCACCGGAACCCAGUGGCAUUCGGCUCUCGCUCCCGAGGGCAUAUGACGGUUCUGCAGCCGGGUGUCAGGGAUUCCUCCUGCAGGUGGAACUCUACCUGGCCACAAUACACACGGCGCCCUCGGGAUACGAGAGCGUCUCCGCCCUCAUCUCCUGUCUAUCCGGCAAGGCGUUGGAGUGGGCCAACGCCGAAUGGAGGGGAAUAGACGCCGCUACCAUCACCUACGCGGAGUUCUCCCGCCGCUUCAGGGCUGUCUUCGAUCAUCCACCUGAGGGGAAAGCGGCGGGAGAGCUUCUGUUCCACCUCCGACAGGGGAAGAGGAGCGCACAGGAGUUCGCACUGGAGUUCCGGACGCUAGCGGCGGAUGCGGGGUGGAAUGAGAGGGCCCUCAUCGACCACUACCGGUGUAGCCUACGAGAGGACGUUCGUCGUGAGCUGGCCUGCAGGGACACCAACCUGUCGUUCGACCAGUUGGUGAACAUUUCCAUCCGUCUAGACACCCUGCUGGCUACCCGCGGACGUCCCGAGUGGGGGUCGUCCAUUCCACCCUCCAGCACCUCCGAGCCGAUUCCCAUGGAGCUCGGGGGUGCUGGCGCUAGAGAGAGGAGGAGAGAGAACCCGAGGGGGGCCAUCCCCUGCACCAACUGUGGUCGUGGAGGACACACCGCGGCCAGGUGCUGGGGAGGGUCUCCUGGGAGAGGGGACAACAGGUCACGCACUGGGGAGUCAUUUCAGGUGAGUAGGCGCCCCACUUACCCAGAGCUUUCUGUUGGUCACAUGAGUAUUCCUGUGAGAUUUCCACAGGUGGCACCUCAUUCCCAGCAUAAGGCGCUAGUAGAUUCAGGCGCAGCUGGGAACUUUAUUGAUCGGGCAUUUUGUUGUAGGUUAGGAAUUCCCCUUCGGCCGGUAGAAGCUCCAUUUCCUGUCCACGCCUUAGACAGCCGGCUGUUGGGGUCGGGCCUGAUCAGGGAGGUCACAGCACCACUGACGAUGACGACGCAGGGGGGUCAUGAGGAGAUCAUUCAGUUUUAUCUGAUUGACUCUCCUGCGUACCCCGUGGUGUUGGGGCUUCCCUGGUUAAGCACCCAUGAUCCUACCAUUGCGUGGCAACAGAGGGCUCUUAUGGAGUGGUCUGCCCAGUGUGUAGGGAGAUGUCUAGGUGUUUCCGUAGGGGCGACCUCGGUAGAGAGUCCGAACCAAGUGCCCGCACUGCGCAUUCCCCCUGAGUAUGAGGACUUAGCACUUGUGUUCAGCAAAUCGAGGGCAACACGGCUACCUCCUCAUAGACAGGGGGACUGUGCGAUAAAUCUCCAAACAGGAGCGGCUCUUCCACGGAGUCGUGUGUAUCCCCUGUCUCAAGAGGAGACAGCGGUUAUGGAGACUUACAUAGCCGAGUCCUUGGCACAGGGAUACAUACGGUCCUCCACUUCCCCGGUUUCCUCGAGUUUCUUCUUUGUGAAGAAGAAGGACGGGGGAUUGCGCCCGUGUAUUGAUUACCGUAGUCUCAAUCAGAUCACAGUUAAGUACAGUUACCCACUUCCACUGAUUGCGACUAUGACGGAAUCGUUACGCGGAGCGCAGUUCUUCACAAAGUUGGAUCUCAGGAGCGCGUACAAUCUGGUGCGCAUUAGGGAGGGAGAUGAAUGGAAAACAGCAUUUAGCACCACCUCGGGUCAUUACGAGUAUCUCGUCAUGCCAUACGGGUUAAUGAAUGCUCCUUCAGUCUUCCAAUCCUUUGUUGACGAGAUUUUCCGGGACAUGCAUGGGCAGGGUGUAGUAGUGUACAUCGACGACAUCCUAGUGUACUCUUCUACACGAGCCGAGCAUGUAGCCCUGGUGCGCCGAGUGUUGAGAAGACUGUUGGAACAUGACUUGUAUGUCAAGGCAGAGAAAUGCCUGUUCUUCCAGGAGUCCGUCUCCUUUUUGGGUUAUCGGUUGUCCGCGUCUGGUGUGGAGAUAGAGGUAGACCGUGUAUCGGCCGUGCGUAAUUGGCAAACUCCAACCACUGUAAAAGAGGUGCAGCAGUUCUUGGGUUUUGCUAAUUAUUACCGGAGGUUUAUUCGGGGUUUUGGACAAGUUGCAGCUCCCAUUACGUCCCUGCUAAAGGGGGGUCCGGUUCGUUUGCAGUGGUCGGCUGAGGCGGACAGGGCAUUUGUCAAACUGAAGAACCUGUUCACCUCGGCCCCGGUGCUGGCGCAUCCGGAUCCCUCUUUACCAUUCCAAGUAGAGGUAGACGCGUCCGAGACCGGUAUUGGGGCAGUCCUGUCACAACGGUCCGGCACGCCACCUAAACUCCGCCCCUGUGCGUUCUACUCCAAGAAGCUCAGCUCGGCGGAGCGCAACUAUGACGUUGGGGACAGGGAGCUGUUAGCCGUAGUCCAGGCCCUUAAGGUGUGGAGGCAUUGGCUUGAGGGGGCUCAACACCCUUUCCUCAUUCUGACUGAUCACCGUAACCUGGAGUACAUCCGGGCAGCUAGGAGAUUGAACCCUCGUCAGGCUAGGUGGAACAUGUUCCUAACCUGGUUUGUUUUUAAGAUCACAUACAUCCCAGGGUCCCAGAAUGGUAAGGCAGACGCCCUGUCCCGGCGGUAUGACACAGAGGAGAGGUCCAACGAGCCUACUUCCAUACUGCCGGAGUCUUGUUUGGUGGCUCCGGUGGUAUGGGAGGUCGAUGCGGAAAUCGAGCGGGCACUGCGUACCGACCCUACUCCCCCCGAGUGUCCUGUGGGGAGGACGUACGUUCCGCUCGAGGUUCGUGAUCGUCUUAUUUAUUGGGCUCAUACAUCACCCUCCUCUGGGCAUCCAGGUAUUGGCCGGACCGUGCACUGUCUUAGCAUGAAAUACUGGUGGCCAACGUUAGCUAAGGAUGUGAGGGUUUAUGUCUCCUCCUGCUCGGUGUGUGCCCAGUGUAAGGCGCCUAGACAUUUGCCCAGGGGUAAGUUACAUCCCCUGCCCGUUCCACAACGACCAUGGUCCCACCUAUCGGUGGAUUUUGUAACCGACCUACCCCCCUCCCAGGGGAAUACCACCAUUUUGGUCGUUGUGGAUCGGUUUUCCAAGGCCUGUCGUCUCCUUCCAAUGCCGGGUCUCCCUACUGCCCUACAAACCGCUGAGGCCCUAUUUACCCAUGUGUUCCGGCACUAUGGGGUCCCCGAGGAUAUUGUGUCUGACCGACGUCCCCAGUUCACCUCCAGAGUUUGGGGGGCGUUCAUGGAACGAUUGGGGGUCUCGGUAAGCCUUACCUCGGGGUACCACCCAGAGAGCAAUGGGCAGGUGGAACGUGUCAACCAGGAUGUGGGUAGGUUUUUGAGGUCCUAUUGCCGGGACCGGCCGGAGGAGUGGUCUAGGUUCAUCCCCUGGGCAGAGAUGGCCCAGAACUCUCUCCGCCACUCCUCCACCAAUUUAACACCUUUCCAGUGUGUUUUAGGUUAUCAGCCGGUCCUGGCACCAUGGCACGAGAGCCAGAUCGAGGCCCCUGCGGUGGACGAGUGGAUUCGGCACUCGGAGGAGACGUGGGACGCUGCCCAUGUCCAUCUGUAAGGUGCCAUCCGUCAACAAAAGGCGAGCGCCGAUCGCCACCGCAGUGAGGGACCGGUGUACGCACCGGGAGAUCGAGUCUGGUUCUCGACUCGAAACCUGCCCCUCCGCCUGCCCUGCCGGAAGCUGGGUCGGCGGUUUGUGGGGCCCUUCAAAGUCCUGAGAAGAUUGAACGAGGUGUGUUACAGGUUACAACUGCCUAUAGAGUACAAAAAUAUUAACCCCUCGUUCCAUGUGUCUCUUCUCAGGCCGGUGGUAGCUGGCCCACUCCAAGAAGAUGAGAUAGGAGAGACCCCUCCGCCCCCUUUGGACAUCGAGGGGGCCCCGGCGUACAGGGUCCGGACCAUCUCGGACUCGAAGGCGCCGGAUGAGUGGUCUCCAGUAUCUCGUGGAGUGGGAGGGGUACGGUCCGGAGGAACGGUGCUGGGUGCCCAGGAGGGACAUCCUCGAUCCAUCCCUCCUGACUGAGUUCCACCGUGGGCAUCCCACGCGCCCGGGUCCGCGUCCUCCUGGCCGUCCCCGAGGCCGGGGUCGGCGCACGGCUGGAGCCGCGCGUCAAGGGGGGGGUACUGUCACGGAUUCUGCCGAGACUGCUCCUCCUCCUGGUUCGGGCAGGCUUCGGCGUUCGCCGUCCCCGGAGUACUAGCUGCCACCGCUCUAUGUUUCGUAGUGUGAUUGCUUUUGUCUUUUACACCUGUGUCCAUUUGUGUGUUGAUUACUUGUCUUAUAAGUUCCUUGUUUUGCUUUAGUCUGAUUGUGUGUUGUUAUUUUCUGCCUGUCGUGCAGAGCUGCGUGUUUGCACUCUGUCUUUGUUUGGGAUUAUUGUUUACGCGUGUUUGCGUAAUUGCCUCGCCUCCGUCUGUUUUCGAGGUCGUGUUUUGUUUGUUGCUCUUUGGACUAUUAAAGUCUUUUGGACGUAUCCUCUGUGUCCUGCGCCUGACUCCUCCACCACAUCCACAUCGGAACUACUGACACACGGACGUCUGUACCUGCCUCGAUUUGGCCCCAAAAUAGAUGUUUUUGAUUGAUUCAGAUUUGAUCCGGUCCGGACUGUCUGUCUAUCUCCAUACUUUCAGUGAUGUCAAAGACAUCUUAUUUUCAAUACUCAUAUUUUUGUAUUGCAUGACAUCACAUCAACAUGCAAAACCAAGGCAUACGUAUUUGUAUUUUUUUAUUUGAUUUAGUCCUAUUCUUUAUCUUUGAUUAUUGGUCCAUUGCACAAUAUGUUGACAAAUUACGUUGAAACAACGUUGAUUUAACCAAUUUGUGCCCAGUGGGAUGACUCCUUUCUAUGCGCACUAAAAUUAUAUGAUCUGUUUCUCUGAAUUGCCUAACACUGUAAGAUCGUAUUUUGUAUCUUAGCUUCUAGCCAUGUUGGCAAUAGAACAAGCUUUCAAAUGAUGCUCACCUGACCCAGAUUGCGAUUUAUAAUGCUAGGAGAGCUAAGAAAUGCACCUUAUAGUUGAAGACUCUUCUUUGAGUCAUAAAAGUGCAUUGAAUGAGGUGUGGCCACUUGGAGACACCAGUUAGUCCUUUCACUCAAACCCUUGUAAUUAUUUUGUCUUAUGUUGCACCUACCAUACAUUUUCCAGGAAUACUUUUAUCAUGUUACUGAACGUAUCCAGAGUAUUUUCAGAUUUCGUUAUCAACAAAUGCGGCGAAAAGUAUAGGAAAUGUAAAAUGCACAUAAAAUUAACAGUGUAAUGUUUGGAUUCAGUCUUGUGUCAGGUGAACUGUUGUGUCCUCAACUUUGGUCUAAUAAUUUCCCCAUAAUCUCAAACUUUUCCUUGCUACCAUGCUUAUGCAUUUCAUAUUUCUUCUGUAAUAAACAUUUCAAUUUUGCUAUCCAUAUAGGCCAAUUCCCACGGGUGUAAAGGGUUAAGCAGCUUUAGCUUUGAUUACCCAAUCGUGAAUAUGGUACAUUGUAGAGAAGCCUGGAAACAAUUGGUCCUCUGUAGCUCAGCUGGUAGAGCACGGCGCUUGUAACGCCAAGGUAGUGGGUUCGAUCCCCGGGACCACCCAUACACAAAAAAAAUUAUAAUAUGUAUGCACGCAUGACUGUAAGUCGCUUUGGAUAAAAGCGUCUGCUAAAUGGCAUAUUAUUAUUAUUAAUUAGCAUUCUGUAUACUUGUUCAUGAGCAAACUUGCAAUAACAAAUUAAUAAUUGUAAAGUUUUGUAGCUAGCUAGGUCACAUUGGAGAGGUCCGAUAAGCAGAUGCAUAUCAUAACUUGACAGCAUGUGUGUGUGAUUCGUUGUUGUUAUACUAUUUCAGACUGAGAUAGAGUGCCUCCACACCCACUCUCCAGCGCCAUCACCAGUCUGAGAGUAAGGAUGACUCAGCACUCAACUCUUCCAUGAGGACAGGCAGAGAGGCCACACGGUCGUCCCCAGCCCCCCUGCCUCACCAGCAGCCUGCCUUGGCCCAUCCAACGCUCUUCCACACCUCAACCCCAGCCCAAGGCUAAGCCCCAGGCUCAGAGGUCUAAAACCCCCCUGGUCUUCCAUAGGCUCCUUGGGCAGAAAUCCUCCGUGCCCCAGCCCCAGCCCAGACUGGAAAACAGGCUUACUCAAACCUGGACCUAGUCUCAGUUUGCCUCUAAGCUCAGGUAGAGCUCCACAUUGGGCGGCAAAAGCACAGAAUCCCCAACCAGUUCUGCCCCCAGAUGCAUGGAAGACCCAACACGGCAAGGGCCGCUACACCCGUCAGAGGCUACAGCCUGCCAGAUGUACCCCUGUCGGACCCAGACAACCCACCAUCACUAUCCAGCAGCCUGAAGAAAGUGAUACUCCUCAAAAGAGCUCAGAUAUAAUUUGCACAUUCUGUCCAGUCAAAAGGUGCUGUGAACAAUCCUCUGGGGAACCCCGAGUCAGGCCCUUCACACCCAUUGGGGGAAACUUGAGGAGGGAACAAAAUAAGAAACCCACCCCUUAUGACAUCGCAACCAACUCUUCACACAGCUCUAUAAACGCUGACUCCAACCACAAGAAAAUACAGGACCUGACGAGACAGAAUGCAUUUGGCUUUCCUGUCAAGGCUUCUCACAAAACCACUGAGGUAAACAUUGAAGAGCAAAAUCUUUAGGGCAGGAGACCCUCUCCCAAGUGGUGCAGUGGUCUAAGGCUCUGCAUCGCAGUGCUAGCUGUGCCACUAGAGAUCCUGGUUCGAAUUCAGGCUCUGUCGUAGCCGGCCGCGACUGGGAGACCCACAGGGCGGAGCACAAUUGGCCCAGCGUCGUCCAGGGUAGGGGAGGGAAUGGCCGGCAGGGAUGUAGCUCAGUUGGUAGAGCAUGGCGUUUGCAACGCCAGGGUUGUGGGUUUGAUUCCCACGGGGGGCCAGUAUGAAAAAUAAUUAUGUAUGCACUCACUAACUGUACGUCGCUCUGGAUAUGAGUGUCUGCUAAAUGACUAAAAUGUAAAAAUGAGACGGAGCGAUAGACAGUGUUUACCUCUUCACCCCUCCCCCAUCAGCCCAGCCCAGGAGGCCAGUCUGUACCAGUGUCUGGAGCACGAGAUCCUGCCCAACCUCCAGCAGCUCAGCUCAGCGUCGACUCAGACUACAUCUACAGCCUCCCAGACGACAGCGAGGAAAAUGGUCAAUACGAACCUACUCAGAAUGUCCCUGAGAGUGACCAUGGUGGAUUCGCUACUGUUCCAGCUGGGUCCGAACCAUCUCCACAUACCUCAGCCUCUAAUGCCACACAUCCAGGUGAGGCCAGCUUCAAUGCAGUCAUCGCUGAGCUCUCCAAAGGGAAGAGGCUGCUGGAGAAGGUGUUUGUGGAGAGCUGGGUGAACACACACUCUGGCAGCCCUAGAGCUAGUAGAGAGACUGCAGCAGCACAGAGGUGGUGGACUCAAACUUAAACCUCGAAGUGGCAAAAGCCUGUUUGACCAGCUCCUGGUCCUCUCUGGGAAUGGAGUUAGCAUUAGCAGCAGGUGCAGGCGCAGGGUGACAGAAGCCACUUCACCUGCAGUGAACCCCAGAGCCACUACCGCAACAGGCUCAGAUAGCCUGUUGAAACCAAGGAAAGGGUAUUUCAGGCAGAAGAGGACCUUGAAGAAACCAGAGAGGGUGCCCUCCAUCUAUAAGCUGAAGCUUCGGCCCAGAGUCCAUCCCAGGCACGACUAUAGACCAGGCAGGAAGCCCAUGCGGAUCCCCACCCAAUCUCCUACAGAGGGUAUCAACCCGCAGAGGAGCCUGGAGGGUCCAGAAGGGACAUACACAUAG